GCCAUGUCCGAUGCCGGAAGGAGGAGGGAGCGCGAAGCGUUAUGGCGACGGCGACGGCGACGGCGACGACAGAGACAGAGACAGAGAGUGGGGAGGGCGCUCAAGAGAUGAUGGAGGUUGACAAAAGGAUUGAAUCAGAAGAAUCUGGAGAUGAUGAAGGCAAGAAGCAAGCAGUUUGCAUAGUAACAGACCUCAGUCAACAAAGUCUAAGAGAAGAGCAGAAUGGAGAGAAUUUAACAGGUGAAGCAGAGACCCCAGUGGAUAUGGAAACUAUUAGCCUGGAUCCAGAGGCUGAGGAUGUCGAUCUGAAUCAUUUCCGAAUUGGCAAGAUAGAAGGGUUUGAGGUGCUCAAGAAAGCGAAGACUCUUUGUCUUCGACAGAACUUGAUUAAGUGCAUUGAGAACCUGGAACAGCUUCAGACUCUCAAAGAGUUGGAUCUUUAUGACAAUCAGAUUCGAAAGAUUGAGAACUUGGAGGCCUUGACAGGUCUUGAGAUCCUAGAUAUUUCAUUUAAUGUUCUACGACACAUUGAAGGUUUGGAUCAGCUUAGCCAGUUAAAGAAACUCUUCCUGGUCAACAACAAAAUCAGCAAAAUUGAGAACCUAAGCAACUUACAGCAAUUGCAGAUGUUAGAGCUAGGAUCUAAUCGAAUCAGGGCAAUUCAGAAUAUUGAUACCUUGACUAAUCUGGAUAGCCUAUUUCUGGGAAAAAACAAAAUCACCAAGUUGCAGAACCUGGAUGCACUGACAAACUUGACAGUGCUUAGCAUACAGAGCAAUCGGCUGACAAAGAUUGAAGGACUACAGAAUCUGGUAAACCUGCGAGAGCUGUACCUUAGCCAUAAUGGCAUAGAAGUUAUUGAGGGACUGGAGAAUAAUAAUAAACUUACAAUGCUGGACAUUGCAGCCAACAGAAUCAAAAAGAUUGAAAAUAUCACCCACUUAACAGAACUCCAGGAAUUUUGGAUGAAUGAUAAUCUCAUUGAAUGCUGGAGUGACUUAGAUGAGCUGAAAGGAGCCAAGAAGUUGGAAACAGUCUAUCUAGAGCGAAACCCUCUCCAGAAAGAUCCCCAGUACCGUCGUAAAAUCAUGCUGGCUCUUCCAUCUGUCCGGCAAAUAGAUGCUACCUUUGUCCGGUUCUGAACCUUCUCUGGCCCUUUUCCUUUGCCUUUCUUCCUUUCAGAGUGUCACAACUGGGAUUUUUAUCCACACACUGUACCCUCUGUCUUCAGCCUGCUGACACUUACAGAGCAAAUGGCCAACCAGAAGCACUGAUAUCAAACCUUGCAUAUGAUGCACACACUCUUGUUGUUUUUGAUUAUUAUUAUUAUUAUUAUUAAAUCCUAACGUGUGAAA